AUGGCUCCCAAAGCCGAGCGGGCGCUGGCCGUGUGGCUGGCCGUGUCCGCGCUGGUGGGCCCGGCGGAGGCCUACGACGCGGGCGACGCACUGGCCCUGCUGCUGGGCACCGUGCUGACCAUGGUGGGUUUCUGCGCGUGCCUGGGCUGGUACGCACGGAAGCGGAACGGGCUUCCGUGA